AUGAAAUGCUAUUUUUAUACUCUUGCGCCGGCAUUGCAGCAGUUCGCAGCUGGACGAACGCACAUGCGCAGUGAUGGUAGCGGUUGUAAAUUUUAAUGUGGAUAGGGGUGGUUGAGCACACAUGCGCAGUGGCUCCCCUGAUUUUUUUUUUUAAUUCAUUUUUAAUGGAGACCGCUGUUGCACCACGCAUGCGCAUUGGCGCCGCCUGGUUUUAUUAAUUUUUAAUAGAGAUGGCUGCCUUUCCCAUGUAACAAACUAACGGUAACGGUUAUUGAAAAACACAACAGAGAGGUCGAAAAUAAGCAGCAUAAGGCUCGUCCCCUGUCCGGCUCGUCCAGAGCGGUCGAUGCCGUUAGACGCGAACGCGCUUUACUAGCUCCGGAGGAUGGAAGACGAGUCGGCGGUGUGUUUAACCCUUUGCGCGCCGUGAUCCGCAGACGAACGAGGUACCGUCGUUUUCCCGUCCUUUGACGUGGGGCGCAUCCGCGGGACUUGACCGAUCCAAAAGCGGCAGAAGAUGAUGCGUCAAGUUGCCACCAGUAACAGCGACUACUGCAUGAGCGGAAGACCCUCGUGUCUGGCUGAAGAUGGCCGGCACCCGGCGAGCCACUUCGACCUGUGCAGCUCGCAGUCGGGCAAGUUCUACCCCCCUCCUCCGCAGCCCCCGUUGCAAAUGCCCCUGCCUCCUCUGCCUCCGCCGCCGCAGAACCCCCUCAAGUCCAUGCCGUGCCAAAGGCCCGACGUCCGGAACGACCCUCAUCCGCAGCAAGCCGCCGGGGUCAAGAAUGGCGAGAAGCCCGAGGACUCCAAGAAGAAGAAAGGCACGGGGAGGUCCGGGAGGCGGGGCAGGCCGGCCGGGACCACAAAGUCCGCAGGCUACAGGACCAGCACCGGGCGACCGCUGGGCACCACCAAGGCGGCGGGAUUUAAAACGAGCCCCGGCAGGCCCCUGGGCACGACCAAGGCGGCGGGGUACAAGGUGAGCCCUGGACGGCCUCCGGGCAGCAUCAAAAACCUAUCCCGCCUAAACAAACUGGGCUACGGGGGUGCGUGCAGCAGCGUGGCCUUCCCGUACAACACCGUGCACAAGCGUGGCCUGUGCGAACCCUCCGGCAAGGAGAAAGAGACCACCGAGUGAAGACGUCUGUGACCCUUGCGUCCCUCGGCCACGCCCACAAGGAGCUGCCCGCUGGG